AUGACCUCACAGAACAUGAUUGAUGAGGACGCUUAUAUGAUGAUACAACGAAAAAAGAUGACCAUAUAUUUAAACAUUAACAAGAGCACACCGGUUAAUGUAUUAAAAAAGAUGGUUGGAGGUAUCAUAAAAACAUCACCAGAAAAUCUUCAGCUUCAUUACAAGAAUGUGAUUAUGGAUGGGAAAAAAACUUUAUCAGAUUAUUUUGAUUCUUCCAUGUGCCUAGAUCCAGUUUCUAUUGGUUUAUCAUUGAAGAUGGAUAAUGGAGAAUUUGAGCCGUUAAAUAUCGUUCCAGUUCCAGAACCGCUAUAAUAAACUAAAAAACUAUCAGAAAGAACAAACUAUGUAAACAGUAAUCUCCAUUGAAAAUUG